AUGGACGGUUUCGAUAUCACGGUAGAAGCAAGAGACAAGGGCACUCCCCCUUUGUCGGGUCACUGCAAGGUGGUGGUGGAGGUGCUGGACGUGAACGCGCCGGAGGUGCGGGUGACGUCGCUGUCGGUGCCGGUGCCGGAGGACGCGUCGGUGGGGACGGUGGUGGCGCUGCUGAGCGUGUCGGACCGGGACUCGGGGGCGAACGGUCGCGUGCGGUGCGCGGUGUGGCCGGCGGGGCCGUUCGGUCUGGUGUCGACGUUCGCGGGGUCGUACUCGCUGGUGGUGCGGGAGGCGCUGGACCGGGAGCGGGUGUCGGAGUACGAGGUGGAGGUGCGGGCGGAGGACGGCGGGUCGCCGUCGCUGCUUGGCAGGCGCGGGCUGCGGGUGUCGGUGUCGGACGUGAACGACAACGCGCCGGCGUUCGCGCAGGCCGUGUACACGGUGCUGGCGCGGGAGAACAACGCGGCGGGCGCGGAGCUGGCGCGGCUGUGGGCGCGGGACCCGGACGAGGCGGGCAACGGGCGCGUGAGCUACUCGGUGGCGGAGGGCGGCGGCGGGG